AUGUGUACAUUCUUUUCACCAACACGCGAGGUUUUUUAUGAUGAUUGUGAACAAGUCUUUCGAAUAAGAAUAUGGGAACUGUAUGGAAAUAUGGCAUCUCGGUUAAUACGUUUUUUUACUCGUCAAACAACCAACACACGCACAAAUAAUAAUAAUAAUAAUAAUAAUAACAACAAUAAUAAUAAUAAUCAUUAUAUAAAACAUAGUAAACACAAUGAUAAUACUCUUGAAUUAAUUACAACAAAAAAUCUUUUACAUAGUGUUAAAAAUGGUUUAGUAUGCACUGUGGUUUUUCUUGAUGGGGAAGAUGUCAAUUUUGAAGUUGAUCGUAAAGCAAUAGGAAAAGUUUUAUACGAUAAAGUUUUUAGUCAAAGUGAUAUAAUUGAAAAAGAUUAUUUUGGUUUACAAUACACUGAUACACAUAAUGUUCAGCAUUGGCUCGAUGCUUCAAAAUGCAUAAAAAAACAAUGCAAAAUUGGUCCUCCAUACACAUUCCGUUUGCGUAUUAAAUUUUAUGCAUCAGAACCACAAACUCUACAUGAAGAAUUAACACGAUAUUUCUUUGUUCUACAAUUAAAAGAUGACGUAAGAACGGGAAAAUUAGAAUGUCCCCUUGAUGUAAGCAUUGAUUUGGCCGCAUUAGCGCUUCAAGCUGAAUUAGGCGAUUAUGUCCCAAGCGAACAUUCAGCAGAAACUGUAUCAGAGUUUCGUUUUAUGCCGGACGGAAAACAAACCGAAGACGUUGAAGAAGCAAUUGUUGAGAAAUGGAAAACUUAUCAAAAUUUAACACCUGCUGAUGCCGAAAUACAAUAUCUAAACAGAGCAAAAUGGCUUGAAAAUUAUGGAGUAGAUUUACAUACAGUACUGGUAUUUGGACGAGAUGGCAUGGAAUAUCGUUUAGGAUUGACUCCAACGGGAAUCUUAGUAUUUGAAAAUAAACAAAAAAUUGGUCUCUUUUUCUGGCCGAAAAUAACCAAAUUAGAUUUUAAACAUAAGAAACUAACAGUUGUUGUUGUAGAAGAUGAUGAUAAUGAUCCAAAUCUUCAACGAGAUCAUACAUUUAUAUUUCGUUUAUAUGAUGAAAAGCAAUGUAAACAUUUGUGGACGUGUGCAAUAGAAUAUCAUGGAUUUUUUCGAUGUAUUAAACCACCGAAAGCUAAAUUAAAUACUAAAGAAAAUUUUACAAGAAUGGGAUCUCGAUUUCGUUUUAGUGGACGAACAGAGGCACAAAGUGCAACAGUGAAUUUAACUCGUCGUAGUGUUAAUUUUGAACGACGACCAUCGCAACGAUUUUCUAGGCGUGCUUCUUAUGCCAUACGAAAAAAAUUACAAGAACAAGCACGUCUAAAAGAACAAGAAGAUGAAAGAUUAAGAAGAUUAAAAAUUGAACAAGAAGCCAAAUUAGAAGAACAUAAUUCAGGAAAAAAGUCACCAGAACAUAAACAUUCAUCUGCAUCUACUCACGAUUUGACAUUGUCAUCAUCGAACAAACGUCCAUCUUCUUGGUCAUCGUCACAGAAGAAUUUAAAUUUAUCAGCAUCACAACGUUUAGAUAAUCUAAUACAAGGUGUCAAUGUUACCAAUGAAACAAAAAAACAAUCCUCACAAGAUUUAUUGAUAAAUACUAAAGAUAAUGAACUAACGUCAAGAAAAAAUUCAACAUCUCUUCCAGUAUCAAUGGUACCACCUCCACCAAUACCUCCACGUCAACCAAAAGAUGAUAAACAACAACAACAACAACAUCAACCAGUAUUAUUCAAUAAUCAAUUAAAAACAAACGGUAAAAAUUAUUAUAUUGAAAAUUCAAUUAAAAAUAAACAAUCGAAUAAUUUAAUAGUUAAAGUAGAAUCAGAAGGAAACAACAAUCAUAUGACAAUAAACGAUAAUAAUGAUGAAAAUUUAUUGAUAAAAAUUUCACCACAGCAUAAUAUUAACGGUGUACUUACAAAUGGCCACGUUCGUUCAUCUGUCUCACCAAUCGCAAGAAAGUUAAUUUCAAUUAGUCCUCCUAAAUAUUCAUUAAACGAUGAAUUUUCAUUUGAUAAACUAUCGCAGCCUUCUGUUGUUGUCAAAUCAAAUAAUGUUCAAAAUUCAAUCGAAUCUAAAAGUGUUAACUGUAGUAGCAGCAGCAUUAAUAAAAUAAAUUUAUUAAAAAAAUUUCCAUUAUUAAAUACACCUAUACCUGAGUUCGCUACACUAAGUCGUGCUAGAACUUCUUCAAAUAAUAAUCGAACCUAUGACAAUGUCUUAAACUAUUCAACAUUCAAUAACGAUGAUGUCUAUGGUCGAUUUUAUUUUCGAACAAAACAACAUACUCUACCCUGUAAUAGAACAACAUUUCAAUUGAAAUGUGCUAAUUAUGAUAAUUUAUCAUAUCUUGUUGUUGAUUCAACAAAAACUCAUCGUAAAUGUGCUGCUACUACAUCAAAUACUAAUGAUAAUAACAUUGAUGAUACACACCAACAAUCUGAUAAACCUGUUAUUGUUACACGAACACUGAGUACGUCUAAUAUUCGUAAUGCUUCCGCAACAAUUGUACAAUCAUGUCAUAAUAAUAAUAAUAAUAAUAAUAAUAAUAACAGCACUAAUACACCAUUUUCGACAUCAUUGCCUUUUCACCAUUGUCGUACGUCCAUUCAACACCAACCAAUUACAACAGAAUUAUGA